AUGAAGGUGAGGUGUGAGCAACUUCUAUCGGAACAAAUAUUGAAGUCCGACGAGCAUCGUUCAAAAACUCCCGUUGAUCCUGACGUUGAGAGCGCUCGAAACUAUGUGAAAGUACGCUGUUCAACUACUGCUCUCGUGAUAGUUUCACUAAUUAUUCUUUGCUACAUUAUUUUGGACAGUGGUAGCCGUUCCAUUCAGAAAGCUACGCAUGUAUCCUGUCAAAAUCCAUGCAGAAUUGAGUUUGUGGAAAGUAUUCCUACUGGAUUGAACUUCUCCGGCGGUCCAGUUCACCGUCCUACUCAUGAGGCGUGGCUGGAUCUACUUAGUAACGCGAAUAAGACAAUUCAUAUUGCUGCCCUAUAUUGGAAUCUCAAUUCGUCCGAAUAUCCAACAGCGGAAUAUGGACGCCAUGUAUAUGAUCAGUUAGUCGAUGCCGGACGACGCGGAGUGGAUAUACGAAUAGCACAAGAUGUCAGCAAAGGUUUGUCCGAUAACGAAGAUUCACGUCGACUUGCCGAAAAAGGUCUUGCUCAGGUGCGUACGGUGGAUUUUAAUAGAUUGCUCGGCUCAGGAGUUUUACACACAAAAUUCAUCAUAGUUGACAUGAUGGACAUCUAUCUUGGCUCUGCAAACAUGGACUGGAAAUCGUUAGCUGAGGUGAAAGAACUUGGUGUUCACAUUCAAAACUGCCCAUGUCUUGCUGAAGAUCUGCACAAAAUAUUUAGGGUGUACUGGCACCUCGGGAAGACAGGCUCAAAAAUCCCACGUACUUGGCCAGCAAAAUUCGAGACAUCAUUCAACAUCGGUUCACCAAUGGAAAUGAUUUUGAAAGGCGUGAAGACUGAUGUGUUUAUAUCGGUGAGCUUUUGUCGAAUGAACAUUGAAUUCAAAAGAAGAAAAGCGUGUUCACCGGCACCAUUUAACACAAAACAUCGUGAACAUGAUUUGCAAACAAUUAUUGCUCUCAUUUCCUCCGCUGAACGAACAGUUUGCGUGUCUGUUAUGGAUUUCAUACCACAGACGUUGUAUAUGGGCAAUAACAGUUAUUGGCCUUUUAUUGAUGAUGCAAUUCGUAUGGCAGCUUUCCGUGGUGUUUCGGUAAAGCUCCUAGUGAGCAACUGGGAACAUUCCCGUCCUCAGGAGUUGGUAUUCCUCAAAAGCCUUAUUGCUAUAAAUGAUGCGCUGCCGAGAACAAAGCGUGGCAAAGGAAGUAUUCAAGUGAAACUUUUCACUGUGCCUGCAACUGAAGAACAACGAAAGAUUCCAUUUGCUCGUGUAAACCACAACAAAUACAUGGUGACAGAUCAGACGGCUUAUGUUGGUACUUCGAAUUGGGCUGGCGACUAUUUCAUCACAACGGCUGGUGUAGGACUGGCUAUGACUAGUCAUGGAGAAAACGGCAUCGUUCAGCAGCUCCAGGCUAUUUUUGACAGAGACUGGGAUUCACCAUAUGCUUCACUGAUCGGAUAG